UGAAACACUGAAGAAGAGGAAGAACAUGUAGAAAAAGAAGACCACAACAGCUGAGAAUUAAUCAACAUCUGCACAGCACAUCACGGGAACAUCUUAUUACGUCAGAAUGUGUAUAUAGGAGGAGGCUGACACACUGAAGAAGAGAAAGAACAUGUAGAAAAAGAAGAGCACAACAUCCGAGAAUUAAGCAACAACAGCACAACUCACAUCACGGGAACAUCUUACUUCAGAAUGUGUAUAUAGGAGGAGGUUGAAACACUGAAGAAGAGGAAGAACAUGCAGAAAAAGAAGAGCGCAACAUCCGAGAAUUAUAAUUAUAUAAGCAACAUCUGCACAGCACAUCACGGGAACAUUUUACGUUAGGAUGUGUAUAUAGGAGGAGGCUGAAACACUGAAGAAGAGGAAGAACAUGUAGAAAAAGAAGAGCACAACAUCCGAGAAUUAAGCAACAUCAGCAGAACACAUCACGGGAACAUCUUACUUCAGAAUGUGUGUAUAGGAGGCCGAGACGCUGAAGAAGAAGAGGAAGAACAUGUAGAAAAAAAAGAUCGAGGGGCACAACAUUUCUCUCCAGCACAGCACUUCACCGAGAGCAUAUCCCCAAAGGUCACAUAAAAAGAAGAGGUCACAUAACGAGAAGAGAAAGAGAAGAAGUAGCCAGACAGGAGAAAAUAGGUCUCAUAACAAGAGGAAGUGACCAGACAAGACCUCCACAGUUCACAGAAGGGGAAGGAGACAACACCGUACGCCUCCUCCACCCCAGAGAGAGACAAGAAGUGGCCAAACAGAAGAAAAUAGAUCACAUAAGAAGAGGAUCAAGACCAGUAGUGACCAAACAAGACUCCCACAGAAGACCAGUGACCAGACAAGACCGUACGCCCCCUCUGGUCGUCCACCCCAACAGCUCUACAUGUCUUCGUAUUCGCCACCCAGUGCAAGAUUUUCCGCCAUGUUAUUAUUCUUUUGAUGUGAGGAGGAGUUCUGAGUGAAGGCCCAACCGAGGUCAUGCGAGGAGGGGGCGUCAUGGAGGAGCGGCGAGACUAUGUGACCCUAACCUUGCCAGCAGUGCCCCAGCAGCCGCCCCCCCAGGCAUCCCGCUCCUGGCGCAGGAGAUGGAAGCAGUUGCCACGCUUACAGAGGGUGGUGGUGGUGAUGGUGGGCAUUGGGAUGUUGGCUGGAAUUGCCCUGCUGUUAACUUCCUACUGGCCAGCUGCCUCCCCUGCCCCUGCCCCCCAGCCUUCCCAUCUGUCCGACAAGCUGGACACCAAAAUCACUACAUCUCAUAUGAUGCCACAACCUGAACCUCUACAAGACAAGGUGGAGCCGGUGCUGGAGGACACUGACAUCAAGCCGGUGGGUGAACAUGACGGCCACGACCAGAUAGCGCCACCCCCAGGACUGCCACAGAAGAGGUCAGCACGCCAGGAGGCUGUGGUGGGGGCCAUGAAGCACGCCUGGAAGGGCUACAAGACCUAUGCCUGGGGCCACGACCACCUGCGGCCCAUCUCACGCACCCGCAGUGACUGGCUGCGGCUCGGCCUCACUCUGGUGGAUGCCCUUGACACGCUGUGGAUCAUGGACCUGCGGGAAGAGUUCAGUGAGGCCCGUGAGUGGGUGGCAACGCAGCUUAACUUCAACCUCAACCAGGACGUGAACCUCUUUGAGACAACCAUCAGAGUGUUGGGCGGCCUGCUCUCCACCUACCACCUCACCAAGGAGCAGCUCUUCCUGGACAAGGCUGUUGACCUUGGGGAGAGACUGGUAUCAGGCUUCAACAGUGGCUCUGGGGUUCCCUUUGCUGACGUGAACCUCUACUCUCGCCGCGCCUCCAAGCCAAAGUGGGGCCCAGACUCCUCCACCUCAGAGGUCACCACCAUACAGCUGGAGUUCCGAGACCUCUCCCGAGUCACCGGCAACCCAAUCUUUGAGGAGAAGGCCAGCUUCGUGAGUGAACACAUCCACAAGCUGCCCAAGACGGAGGGUCUGGUGCCCAUCUUCAUCAACGCUCAGACUGGCCAGUGGCGCUCACACUCCACCAUCACUCUUGGGGCGCGUGGCGACUCAUAUUAUGAGUACCUCCUCAAGCAGUGGGUUCAGACUGGCCGCACUGUGGACUACCUGCGCAUGGACUACAAUGAGAGUGUGUCAGGCAUGGAGAAGCUGCUGGCAGCUCGCACUCAGCCUUCUCAGCUUCUCUUUUUUGGCGAGCUUCAUGGCAGCACCAAAAACUUUGUCAACAAGAUGGACGAGCUCACCUGCUACCUCCCGGGCACGCUGGCCCUGGGCGUGCACUAUGGCAUGCCCCACCACCACCUCCACCUGGCCCAGGAGCUCAUGUACACCUGCGUCCAGACUUGGCUCAGGCAGCCCACACGCCUGGCUGCGGAGAUCACCUAUUUCAAUACACAGCCCAACAACAUCGGAGGGGAAGACUUUUAUGUCAAGAACAACGACGCCCACUACCUGCUUCGACCCGAAACCAUUGAGUCCCUGUGGUACCUCUAUCAUCUGACGGGCAACACCACAUACCAGGACUGGGGCUGGCAGAUGUUCCAGGGCAUCGAGAAGCACUGCAAGGUGGAGAACGGCUACACGUCCAUUGGGAACGUCCGCAGCGCCACCGACACCAAACCCAAGGACAAGAUGGAGUCAUUCUUCCUGGGCGAGACCCUCAAAUACCUGUACCUGCUCUUCAUGGAGGACCAGACGGCAUUCAGUUUGGACAAGUGGGUGUUCAACAGUGAGGCGCACCCACUCCCCAUCUACUCCCACUAGCACCGGGUGGCCCACUGACACCCUUGAAUUUGAGUCCUCAUCAGCAGAACACACACACCAGGCAGGACUCCUUUAUUUAUUUUUUACUAGUGUUCUGAUAUUUUAGAUUGACUCAGUUGGUCAGGAUUCUUGAUGGCCAGCCAGUCCCCUCCUGGAGAGAGCUUUGGAGCUUGUUAGUUGAGGCUAUAGAGCUAUGGCACUGGUACACUGUCCUCGGCUUAAAGUAAGUGUGCCAGUGGUUAAUGCUCUAGAGCAGUGCUUCCCAAACUUUUUUACAUGAUGUCCCUUAUUGAUUUCUAAGAAAUCCUCACCCUCCCCAUCCUUUGUUUUUUAUAUAUAUAUAUAUAUAUAUAUAUAUAUAUAUAUAUAUAUAUAUAUAUAUAUAUAUAUAUAUAUAUAUAUAUAUAUAUAUAUAUAUAUAUAUAUAUAUAUACAGUAAACCCUCGAUAUAACGGACUAAUUGGGAGGGAACUUAGUCCGUUAAUGCCGAAAGUCCAUUAUAAACGCCGAAAAUUUAAGAAAAAAACAUGAAACAAUACUGACGAACUUAAUAAACGUUGGUAUAUAUAUUUUUUUAUUGUGUAAGUUGUGUGCAUGUUGUUUGUAUAGCCGCAUACCACACUUGGCAAUGGACUGUGAGGCAGUGAGGCUGCCAGGUUGGCAGUGGAGCCCUGUGGGGGGCCAUGUUGUUACGGGAAUGGGUAAAAUUUUACAAGUGCUCCAAUCUCGCAGUGGCAAACAAACCUUUUUUUUUUAAGUAGUUUUCAGGGUGUUAUGAAAUAAUAUAUAUAUUUUUUUUUUACGUUGUUGCCUAUUGCGCCGGUAGGCAUCUUCCCGGUGGGGCCUGAUGGUCGGCCCAAGGCUUCUUCCAGGUGGGGCCUGAUGGUCGGCCCAGCCCGUUCUGGCGCAGGCGAGUGUUUUAUAGUGGCGCCAUCUUGCAUUGGCUCAUGCUGCCCCCCCGGAACUCGUUCUUGAUUCGCUUGGACGGCUUCCUCUAGAGUCCGGGUUGAUGGGUGGGCUUCAGGACAGCAUGUGGGUAGUUUUAAGCCACUCGGCGGUGACUGAAAAAUCCGAGUGGUAGCGUGGGGAUUCGAACCCGCGUCGUCCAUCACGCGGUGAAUGUGAGCCCAGUACGCUACCACCUACGCCACCGCCUACCAUACUGUUUCUGUCACAGAUCAUUAAAUGAUUGACUUUUCAUUGACUUUUGUAUACCCGCUGCAGCCCACAGCUGCAGCCGCAAAAUAACUCAGAGUUAUUAUUGCUUACAGUUUCUAUAUUUCAUUCACUGCUCACAAAGAUCACAAGUGGACAAACUAGAACAAAACCUGCCAAAUUAAUGUUUUUCCUGCUGUGUAUUCCACCAGUGUGCAUGCGUGGUGGACAGCAGAGUGGCUUAUUUUUGCGAGGAGGUGUUUCUUGCAACACCAGCUGACGAAUUGGACCAUGCACGCUGCCGCCAUGUCCUGUCCCGCGCUGCAUAUUUCCGUGCCCCACACCGAGUGCUGAAUAAAUUUACUAACCAAACAUAACUUAACCGAACCUACCUAACGGGGUUUAACCCCUCGACCCCCUUAACCCUUAGAUUACGGCGAUCGUAAAUAUAAGUGCGCUACCACGCGCCCCAUCCUUACAGAGAUCAUAUAUAAAAUCAUCACACUCUACGCUCCCUAUGUUUCAAAUAUACCGCCAGUUCUUGACUCAGAAGAAUGGUGGAGGCAUCUGGCAUCUGUACACACUCUCAUUUGUCUCCAGUGCGUGGUCUACCGAAGGCCACAGAUCAUUUUCCACUCUUGUUCGGAAUACAUCUGGCAUGUCUCGUGACGCGUCAAGCAGUUCCUCUGCUCCGGGCGGAAGUAGAACGCAGGUGAAUCAAAGUGACAGUGACUCUGAUGACUGCUAUGGUAGUGACAUUGACAGAGGAGGGAGGGGUAAGUAGGUAGAGAGAGAGAGAAAAAGAGAGAGUAAGAGCGAGUGGGGUGCUUCCAUGCGACGCGUCACGGCCACAAAAAAAUGCGCAAUAUUUUCGGUUGUAAUAACUUAUUUAUUAUUAUUAGGAGAGAAGUUUUAUUACACCACCACAUAUACUACAUGAAUAUACAAUUAUUGCAAAGAAGAAAGACACCAUUUCCACUUCUUUUAUAUGUCUAAAUUUUCCCUGUGCACAGUAUCCUGAGAAAUAUAUUGCCACCCGUACUCUAAGGGUUAAGCUGUGUCAAUACCGACACUCACAAACACUUGGCUAUUUUCCAUUAAAUUUACAUCCUGGAUUGAUGCAUGAGACUUUCUUGUGGUAUAAAUACGUUCUUCAUUUGUAUGUAAGCCAUGAGGAGGAAAAUAUUUCAUCAGGUGGGCUGAAAAACGAUAAUGGGAGGACGGGGCAGCAGAUAAAGGGAGGAGGGCAAGGUGGCUAGCAGACGCUGUUGUAAUUGCCAGAAGCGGGUGGUUCAGAAACUAUACUUGGUCAGUCCAUGUGGAUUUCUAACCGUCUGACCUUGUCCGUUAUAUCCGAAAUCCGUUAUAUAUAUAUAUAUAUAUAUAUAUAUAUAUAUAUAUAUAUAUAUAUAUAUAUAUAUAUAUAUAUAUAUAUAUAUAUAUAUAUAUAUAUAUCUAUAUAUAUAUAUAUAUAUAUACACACACACACAGAAGCCCCCCGCCCUUAGCGGGUAUUUGGUUCCGUGAGAUUCCCAUGAUCCGCGAAUCCACCUUUGACAGGACUAUAAUCAAAUAGAGAAAAUAGGGUUUUGUUCUACCAUCUCGAUCGAAUAGAAAAAAAAAUGUAUUUCUAAGCAUUGUUAUAUAGUUUUAUACACAUAAAUCACAAAUUAACCCGGUAGCAGCGGGGAUCAUGUUUCUUAAUGGUCCCCCCAAGCAAGAAAAAUGAGAAAAAAAUCACCCCUCACACAAACCACCUCAUAAUAUAUAUCAAAGCAUUUGUGAUCAUAUUAUGUAUAAUUUAUUUUGGGGGGUUUAAAUCAUGGCACAAAUUUGGCCCGUCGCUGCUACACGGUAAAGCCACAAAUUUGGCCUGUCGCUGCCACUGAGUUAAAUAUGGACUGUAAUAAUUUAACGCUCACUCUGUGGUUGGUUGUGGUGAGUGUGAGUGCGUAGGCGGUGGUGGUUGGUGGGCGAGUGGUGUUUUUGUGGUAGUUAUUGGUUGGAAACUACGAAAAAAUGCAAUGCGAUGAGUACGAUAGUUUGACAACACUGCACACCAGAGUUUACCAACUUCCACCCAGCCAUCAAGUAUUAGUGAAUUCUCGUCUCUCCCCUUUUGUGUUAACAUUCAUAUGUAUAUCCAUAUACAUCCAGUAUAUUAUUAAUUAAUUUGAAUGUUUACUGGGCCCUUGGAAGGUCUAUUUGUUGCUGUUCCCGGCGGUAUGCACGUACAAACUUUAUACCUGUUACCCCUCUGCCAGUCUCUGCCAUGUUUGUUUACUCCUCAAAGCAGUAGCCUCUAGUCUCUAAGAAGGACCAGAUCUGGCAGGUCCCAGUCUCUCGCGCGCGCGUCGUCCGCCAGCCAGCCAGCCAGCAGAGAGAGAGAAAGAGAGAGAGGCCGGAGCGAGCGUCAGACAGUACCGCGCAGAAGGUUCAGCUGUCAUUGCAGACGCCGCCACGCCACCAUCACCACCACCACCACACCUCCGCCGUCCCACCAACCACCACCGUGUUUCCUGUUUGUGCCUCCUGCUCCCCCAAGGCCAUGCCUAACAAGGGACAAAACAGAAAGCGUGAGUACGCCAAGGCUUGCAUGAUGGAAACGCGGAAGCCAAGCACAGAGCGGAUGAAGUCCAAUGCGAAGGAGAAAGAGAAGGAGGCAAAGGAACAGAAAACGGCGGAUAAGGAGAAGAAAUAAGGAGGAGGAAGAGGAGGAGGACAGCAGAUCGACUUCGCGCAAGAUGCUGUGGGUCGUCGUGGUCGCCUUAAUUGGUCAUGGUUGUCGUCACCGUCACAGUUGCUGCCGCUGAUCCGUAUCCAUAAAUAACAACAAUUAUGUCUGCAAUACACCGCCCCUAAUAUACUACUACUACUACUACUACUACUACUACUACUACUACUACCACUACUACUACUACCACUACUACUACCACUACUACUACUACUACUACUACUACUACUACACUACUGCUAGGCACGCUGGUAAUUAGAUUAUAUUCAGAUAUCAAACACGAGCCGUCACUAUUUAUGGAACAAUUAUUAUAACAAAAAACAAGGGACCUCUACACAGUCUACAGAGAGAUUUUAAGAUAAGUAAUCUGAAAUUCCCUUUUUCAAACUGCCAACACUGUGUGAAUGGUAUCUGUCUAUCUAUUCAUCCAUCUAUCUUUGUCUAUCAAUGAAUCUAUCUAUCUAUUUAUCUAGUCCUGUGGUGCCUGUCCCUUGGAAGUCUGAUGGAGAGUUACUGUUGCGGAAGAGUCUCCAUUUGCUCCUGUCCAUUCACUCCAUUCUUGCUUAUAGUCCGGUUCCUGCACGAUCUAUCUGUCUAUCUAUCUAUCUAUCUAUUUAUCUACUCCUGUGGUUCCCGUCCCUUGGAAGUCUGAUGGAGAGUUAUUACAGUGCAAGAGUCUCCAUUUGCUCCUGUCCAUUCACUCCAUUCUUGCUUAUAGUCCGGUUCCUGCAUUAUCUAUCUAUCUAUCUAUUUAUCUAGUCCUGUGGUUCCCGUUCCUUGGAAGUCUGAUGGAGAGUUAUUAUAGUGGAAGAGUCUCCAUUUGCUCCUGUCCAUUCACUCCAUUCUUGCUUAUAGUCCGAUUCCUGAAUUAUCAAUCUAUCUAACUAUCGUCAUUUAUCUAGUCCUGUGGUUCCCGUCCCUUGGAAGUCUGAUGGAGAGUUACUAUAGCGGGUCUCCAUUUGCUCCUGUCCAUGCACUCCAUCCCUUGCAUCCCUCCGUUCCCUAAUUCCCAAGUGUUUAUUUUUUGUAAGUCCGUUUUCCCAUUCUUUUCUAAUGGCCAAACCACCCGAGGAUGCUGUGCUUAACCUCCUCUCCUAAACCCCUCACUUGGAUCCCUCUCCUUUCUUAGACAUGCUAAAUAGUAAGGGUUAUAGAGAAGGUGACUCCGAGGGGUUCCAUGUGUUGUCGCAGUCUGCCUGUUGUUGGUGGCGCUGUCCCCGCCGGCCACACCACCACUCGAUGUAAUGGUCUGUUAGAGUGGUGUGAUGCCUGCCUCCCACCAGGGCCGAGGCUGUCUUUUCAGUGAACGUUUUUUGUGCUUUUUGCUGCUGUAUAACAUUAUAAUACAAUGCUCUGACUGGCUUCAAGACUGAUACCAAAUUGAUGUAGAGUAAACCCUAUAGUUAAUGAACCAUUAUUUUUAACAUGAGAACAUGAACAGCGGACCCCCGGCACCACCUGACCUCCUUAGUGGAUGUAUUUUGUCUUUACUUGAGGUUGUCUGUUAUGUUGCCUCUCACCACAUGACUGCCGGCCAAGUCUGUUCCACUCAAUCCAUUGCUAUGAAAACUCAAAUUUAUUGAUCCAUGCAAUGUUCUUAGUGUAAAUAAUGUUUUUUUUUCGAUUGCAACCGUUCCUGUCUUGCCCAUUUAUUUGGUUCGUUAAAUAGAGGUUUUACUGCACUACUGUUCUAUCUCAUCUACAGCUAACAGUAACGGAUAUAAGGCAGGGGCUAUAUAGCAUAUGUACUUUUGUAUGAAUAUAUGAGACCACUCUAUAAGCUAUGCAGUACAAAAUUAUCUCCCAACACCGUCUGCAUCAGUUUACUCAAAUUAUUAACGUAACGCCAUAGUACUAUACAGGAGGUUUUGAGAGCCCAUGGCCACUAAAUAUACCUAGAUGUGAGUACAACAAACUGUAUCUUGACUGAGUAUUGCAUUGUCUUACAACAUAAUAAUAAUCAUAAUAUUAUUUGCACUGGUCAGAAUAGAUGUCCAAUGUGUGUGUGUGUGAAUGUGUGUGUGUGUGUGUGUGUGUGUGUGUUAAGCAGACAGAUGAAUAUAUAUAAUUUAUGCCUACCUAUGUAUAUGUUACUAAGGAACUGAUAACUAUUGUAUAUGGUGUCAAAAUUAUGAUAAUACGACCGUC